AUGGUUUUGAUUGGGAAACUGAAUUUCUUUUCAGGUGAUUCCAAGUCUGACUUGUUAUGUAAAGAAGAAUUCAUUGAACUCAAGGACAUAUUCUCUGUCAAACUGAAACGGCGUUAUUUUGCUAGUGGAAAUGGCACUUUAUUGGGCAUCACACUCUUCAUCUGUUUGAAAAAGGAACAAAAUAAAUUAAAGGAUUCUACACUUGAUCUUAUCAAUUUAAGUGAAGACCACUGCGACAUAUGGUUUAGACAGUUCAAGAAAAUUUUGGCAGUAACGGAAUAUGAAGGGCAUGCUCUGUCACUGCUAAAGGAAUGCGAGCUGCAGGGAUUUGAUGGUGUCGUCUGUGUUGGUGGAGAUGGUUCUGCCAGUGAAGUAGCCCAUGCUUUGCUCCUUAGGGCCCAGAAGAAUGCUGGCCUGGAAACAGACAACAUCCUGACUCCUGUCCCAGCACAGCUUCCACUCGGCGUGAUACCAGCAGGCUCUACCAAUGUAUUAGCACAUUCCCUCCAUGGAAUCCCUCACGUGGUAACUGCAACUUUGCACAUUAUAAUGGGGCACAUACAACCGGUCGAUGUCUGUACCUUUAGCACCGCCGGCAAGCUGCUUCGCUUUGGGUUCUCAGCCAUGUUUGGCUUUGGUGGAAGAACUCUGGCCUUGGCAGAAAAACAUCGAUGGAUGUCCCCUAGCCAACGGAGGGAUUUUGCUGUAAUUAAGGCACUGGCAAAGCUUAAGCCAGAGGACUGUGAAAUAUCAUUUUUACCACUUAACAGCUCUCCAGGUUUACAAGAAAGGAGGGCACAGGGAUCUCCCAAAUCUGACUGUAAUGACCAGUGGCAGAUGAUCCAGGGUCAGUUCUUGAAUGUCAGCAUCAUGGCAAUUCCUUGCUUGUGUUCAGUGGCACCUAAAGGCUUGGCACCUAAUACCAGAUUAAAUAAUGGAAGUAUGGCUCUUAUAAUUGCACGGAACACUUCUCGACCAGAAUUUAUAAAACACCUGAAAAGAUACGCCAGUGUUAAAAAUCAGUUCAGUUUUCCAUUUGUCGAGACUUACACUGUUGAAGAAGUAAAAGUGGAUCCAAGGAAUAAAACCAGUGCACGCAGUCUGGAGGCAGAGGAUCGGCUGCAUGAAGCUGCUUCAGAGGACAUUUUCCCUUGGAAUGUGGAUGGUGACUUAAUGGAAGUUACAUCAGAAGUCCACGUUAAAUUGCACCCAAGACUUAUCAAUCUUUAUGGAGAAAGCAUGGAAGAAAUGAAUGAUUCCAAAGUAACAUGUAGUUGUAUAUAACAGAAACGUAUGAACUGAAAUUUUAAUACGAAGGGACAUGUUUUAAACACAUAUCCUAACAGGAAAAAAAAUCUGAUUUUUUAAUUGCUUGCUAUUUUUGAUGUUGCUAAAAAUUAUCUUUGAGGUCU